AUGUCCUCAACUGCACUCAGCUUUGCCUCAUCCGUGCCACCUGUUGGUACGGAACUGCCUUGGUGCAGAAUUUCGCCUGAUGGCAGAUUACGCUCCUCCAGAGGAUCGAGCGACGAUAGUGAAGAAUUACGUGGUGACAGCUGGGUCGUCGAAGACCUUCGGGCCGGAGGCCCAACACUUGCCCCUGUACCUUCCACUACCAUACCAUUCCCGCCUGGAAGCCCGUAUAUGUGCAUGUUGGAUGCCCGUAAAGAGUUGAGCAAAAGCAUCCAAGCCAUCCUCCAGCAGUCAGGAGUUACCGCGGCGACAUUUACACUCUGUUACCGCCGAUGUGUACUCUUUCUGAACGAUCAUCUCGUACCGACGCUUCUAGUUGUUGCAGAGAAGAAGUCUCCCGACGAAGAUUGGCUUUCCGUUAGCCGAGAGAUAUACCAGCUUCUCGAAGCAAAUGGUCUAUCCCAGUUCAAUGUUGAGAUCUGCGAUGAACGAGUCCAUAUACAGAAGAAUUCGUCUCCUGUUCCAUCCUCUGACCCAAUUUACCCUCUAUGGGACGACGUCCUUGAGCAGAUCUUAAAUAGCAUCGACUGCAGCUUUGUUCUAGCCAUAGAGUGUUUCCGCUACGGCGCGAACCUCGACGGAGAUAAAAAUCCCCCCACUGUCAUUGUCACGGUCGCUCGUUCUUCGCGGGGCCCAUGGAAGGAUACCAGAGAAGCUAUAGUAUCGAUUCUCAAUCGAUAUAACCUCCACCAUGUCGCUGAUUUACCAGAUAAUGCGUGGAAUAACCAGAUGCAAGUCGGACUAAGUCUCGGAAUAUACCAAUCUCGGCACUCUUCCUUUACAUUUGGAGGCUGGAUCGAGAUCAAACAAGAAGAGGGGUCAGCUUGGAAGAGGCUUGGUUUAACCUGCUACCAUUCCGUACAUCCAGAUAUAAGUACCGCCUCUAUGGAUGACCGAAGUAUCUACAUACAAAGCCCUAUUGGUAAAAGGAUCAAUCUAGAACAGCCUUCAUUGAAAGACACGGAAUCAGUCCUUAAAGAUAUGAAGGAGGAGCUAGGCCAGAAGCCACCUGCCUGUUUUACAACUAUCAAAGAGACUAUCGAAAAAGGUGGAGAUGUGAGCCCAAGGUCGCGCACGCUUUAUGACGAGAUAAUUGCACAAGCCGCUGAGAUAUCCGAUAAUAUGGCGAGGAUAGAGUAUUUUCAUAGAUCAUCUUCGCCUUGGCAGCCAUACGACGACCUACUUCAUUCCCACCUUCCAAUAAACCCCAGCAUGGGACACUUCGUGGCUAGGGAAACGGAUAUAUCAAUUUACAGCCCUUCUUAUGCUGGCCACGUAUACACGGCAUCUGGAUAUCGCCAUAUGGUAUCAUCGAUCCGUGAAGAGAAGCGACGUGCUGACUGGGCUUUGAUCGAACUCUUGACAUAUGGAAGUAUAGGUCGCUACACUAACAACCUGGACCUGCAGCCCUUCCCAGGUAUCCCUGAAGAGAAUACACAAGUCUAUAAGUUAGGGCGGUCCACCCGAAGGACAAAAGGAAACUUCUCUGGUCUUACGAGUGCCCUUCUAGACACGCCCGAUAAUAGAGGCGGUGCGCCAGAGGUGAAAUCCCUCGAGUACGCUGUGACCGGGCCGUCUGGCUGGCUCUUCUCAGGCCCGGGAGACUCGGGUGCCUUGGUCUUUGAUAAGUAUGCUAAUUGUAUUGGAAUGGUUAUUUCCUGGAAUACAAUUUCAAAGGUCUCCUAUGUGACACUCUUGCCUGACCUUUUUGACGAUAUCAGGCAAGUUACCGGAGCAGUCGAUGUCCGCAUUGCAGAAUAG